CUGUUUCUGCAAAGUUCACAACUUCACAUCACUAACACUGCUACCAUCUGUGUCCAAAAAAAAAAAAGACACUGCCACCAUAUUUCGGUUUCGGUCGCCCCUUUCUUCCUCCUAGAUCUUCCUCCCGUAGGCUUAGAAGGUGGCGCAACUAAUUUCAAUUAUUAAAAAAAAAUUGGAGCUUUAUAAUUGGGGAUUGGAAAGUUUAUGACUUUGUUUUGAGGUGGGAAUGGGAAGCUUCUCAGCAGGGGAGGCCAAUACGAACGGAAUCGAUGCGUCGGAGGGUGCGUUGGUGUGGGUCCGGCGCCGGAACGGGUCGUGGUGGCCCGGCCGGAUAAUGGGUCUCCAUGAAUUAUCUCAGAGUUGCUUGGUUUCUCCCAGAUCAGGUACUCCAGUUAAGCUCUUGGGUCGUCAAGACGCAAGCGUGGACUGGUAUAACCUUGAGAAGUCGAAGCGGGUGAAGGCAUUUCGUUGUGGAGAGUAUGAUGAGUGCAUCGAGAAGGCGAAGGCAUCUGCUGCUAAUUCGAAUAAGAAGGCGGUGAAGUAUGCUCGCAGGGAGGAUGCUAUUAUUCAUGCUCUUGAGCUAGAAAGUGCUCGUGUUGGCAAGGAGCCGUUAGUUUUCUGCUCUAGAACUGGUAAGUUUGUCAAUGAAAAUGGGGUGUCAGGUGGAGAUUCGCUAGUCGUGUCUCAUUCUGCUGAUGGCAAUGAGGAUAUAUCUGACGAUGAUGACAAUUCUAAUUCGGCUCCAGAGUUGUCUCAAUCUGGCAUAUCUUUUGAAGAGCCAAACCAAAAUGAUUCUACCAAGAUGCAGUCUAUGCCAGGCCGGAGACGAAGAACUCCUAAUGACUCAGAAGAUGAUGGAAUGGAAGGAGUCAAGCGAAUGAGAGGUCUUGAGGACUUGGGCGUUGGUGUUGUGUCAAAGAGAAAGGUUCCCAGUACAAGUAUGCCUGAGAUGCUUCAGCAAGAUAGUACAGCACACAAUAGUUCAAACACAGGGAGCUACCUGGUAAAUGGGACUAUUUUUAAUGGUGUUAAGGGUCAAUAUUCAUCGUUGAAGCGAAAGAGAUCACAGGUAACAAAUGCUCAAGAGUCAUUGAAAAGGAAAAAUCGACGCCGGCAGCUGACAAAAGUUUUGGAGAGUACAGCCAUGGUGUCAGUUCCGGUAACUUGUGAUCAGCUUCCUACUUCAAGCAGUUCUCUGAUUUGUACGGUCACUGAUGGCAAGAAUUCAAGAUUAGAUUCCAAUGACUUAAAGAAAAGCUCUCUACAGGCUAUUAAUAAUUCCAAUAGUAAUGAGGCUGCUUGUGAGAAUGGUUCUUCAUUAAAUAUUCAUGACCAAGGUCGUGAAGCUUCUGAAAUCAGUGAUAUGGUGAAGAAGGAGGCUCCUGGCACAUCUCAUAAAUUCAUUAGGGAUGUAGGGAAUGAGAAACACACUGCAGAUUUGUCACCCGCACUUGUUUCUUGUUCAUCUGGAAAGCCUCAAGAUGGUAUGUUGGCACAACAAUCCUUUCAAGUAUGUCAAUCUGAAGCUCCAUCACUGAGAAAUGGCAGUCAUAGAAUAGAGAAAGGUAGUUCAAAGUGGCAGUCAAAAGGAAAGAGGAAUUUAAGAAAUAAAAGUAAAAAUAGAAAAGGAGUUCCAAGAAAACAUGUUAACAUGGAUAAUGAAGCGAGUAUCUCAGGUAUGCCAAACUCUGAUGGAGUCUCUCAGGGUGCUGGUCCGAAAGUUGAAGCGAGUAUCUUAGGUGGUCCUAGUGCUUCAUGUAAUUUGACCACUCAAAGAUGUAAACAAGUUGCAGAAGGCGAAGUAGAUGAAUUUCAGGACUUGGGAAAGCAUAAUAUGGGGGCAACAGAGAUGAAAGUAUUGCCUGAUGGAUCGCUCACGCCUCAGAGAUCACUUCCUCGUCGCCAGUGCCGUUUUACUUUAAACUCCAAAUAUCAAACAGCAGAUUUUCCCGGAAGGGAUCAUUCUUCUGAUGCUUCAUUAUUUGAUGUUAAGCUAGAAGUUAAAUCCAGCUACCGGCCACAGCAUGUCCCUUUGAUUUCUCUUGCAAGUAAACUAAAUGGCAAAGCAUUCAUAGGACAUCCUCUGACAGUUGAGGUUUUGGACAAUGGUCAUUGCGAUACACUGUUGAGUGGCAUCCGACACGACCCAGAGGAUCGUGACGGUUAUUGUAUGGUCAGGCCAAACUCCACGACCAAAAGAAGACCUUCCAAGAAUUUGUCCAGAUAUAGAAAACCUUCCAAAACGAAGAAACCUAGUCUGUUAAAUAAAAAGAUUCGGAGACUGUCGUCACUUACUGGCCACCGGCAAUCCGAAGGACAGCGAAAACCAAUGGCAGAUAAGGCCAAGGGUCCUGUCAUAUCAUGUAUUCCUCUUAAGGUAGUAUUCAGUCGGAUAAAUGAAGCAGUGAGUAGUCAGGCACGGUCUGCGCACCAUGGUGCAUUACCACCAUCCGACCCUUGAGUUUGGUUAUUGGAAAGGAGCCGUUUCUCUGGUGGAUUUUUUUCUUUUUCUUAUUGAAUUAUGCAGACCAUAAUAUGAUGACUAUAUCUAUAUGUAGCAGGUUGCAAUACCAGAUAUUCUACCAUGCAGGUGGAAUAAUUUGUAGGAUGUGCAAAUGGUAGGGUAUAGGAGCUUAAUCAUGUUGAUUGUUGAGGCUUCUUCCCUUUGCUCUGUAAACUUUAUGCGCGGACUGUAUGCUUAAUCCGGUUUGUUGUGUUGUUUUAUAUGGUAACAAAAACCAAUUUAUAAGAGCUGGAGUAGUUAUAUUCUUUACAA